AAUCAUGUGUGCUCCCUUCUCUUUAGGCCACCUAGGAAAGUCACUUCAUACCCUUGUGCCACGUGUCCCGAGCAUGAAACUCAGUGUGUCAUUAACUCUGGUGUGGGCUUGGACUGUGUAAUCGGGUCUCUGGGCCUAAUCCUGAAGAAUCUAUGCAUUGGCGUUCGUUAGUCAUCUUCUCUGACUCCUUCGCGGCCAGGAGCUCAAGCCUCGCCGCUUCGAAGGAUGGAUGGCCAACGAUAUCGCUCCCGGCGGUCAGCUAACCACCACCGCCGACGUCGAGAAUCUUCACGGCUUCCCUGAAGGCAUCCUCGGCAUCGACAUCAUCGACAAGUCCCGGAAGCAAUCAGAGAGGUUCGGCACCGAGAUCUUCACGGAGAAGGUCACCAAGUUCGAUUUCUCCUCGAGGCCGUUCAAGCUCUUCACCGAUUCGAGAACUGUGCUCGCCGACGCCGUCAUCAUCCCCACCGGAGCUGUUGCGAAACGUCUGAGCUUCGCCGGAUCUGGCAAAGGCGCUGAUGGUUUCUGGAACGGAGGGAUCUCGGCAUGUGCUGUAUGCGACGGCGCCACUCCGAUCUUCAGGAACAAGCCUCUGGUGGUUAUCGGCGGCGGAGACUCGGCGAUGGAGGAGGCGAGAUACGUUCAGGGCGUCGAAGAUCAUGCAGCAGAGAAAUGCGUGCUUGGUGGUUUGAAGGUGAAGAACGUUGUUACUGGUGAUGUUUCGGAUUUGAAAGUGUCUUUGCGAUUGGUCAUGAGCCGGCAACGAAGUUCUUGGAUGGGCAGCUUGAGCUUGAUGAGGAUGGGUAUGUGGUGACCAAGCCUGGCACCACUAAGACGAGCGUGGUUUGUGUGUUCGCUGCUGGAGACGUGCGAGACAAGAGCUAUAGGUAGGCCAUUACAGCUGCCGGAACUGGUUUGUUUUCCACAUCUCUAUUUACGUUUAUAGAAAGGUAGAUAAUAGAGUAUCUGAUAUUUGAUUGUUGCUUAAUUACAUAGUGGUUUAAAAAAAACUCUUUUUAGCUUUUUGAAAGUCAUUAGCUUUUAUUGAUGGAACCAUUUCAUCUGCUUAAUGUGUUUUGCGUUGUUUACCAUUUCAUUUGUGAGACCAUUUUAAGUGGUUUCAUGAGUAGUUUGUUGAAGUGAACAAUUUUUAAAAAAUGUAUGAUUGUUCUGUUCAAAGUGAGUUGGGUUUUUGAAGUCA